AUGCCGGCGCUCCGGCUGCUCGGGCGCAAAUGGCUGGCGGCCUCCGACGAUCUCGUAUUCCCAAGUAUCUUCGAGCUACUAUUCCGAUUCGUUUGGCUGGUCUUAAUUGCGUUGGUCGUGGAAGUCCUCAUUCCAAUAACGUGGAAAUGUCAAACCGAGGGUUGGCACGGUGGGGCUUUCGUGCGGCUUUAUCUUUGUGGUACGCUUGCGCUUCAAGCGGUGCUGAUGCUAUUAUUGGCAGCCCUGGCGCAACAGUCAGCCAAAGGCACCAUAACUGACGUCGACGCGAGAAAGAUGGUCGCUCCGUUGCUGCUUUUAAAGGUUUUGUUGGUGUUACCCGAAAUAGCAUUAAAUGUAAUGGGAACAAUGUGGAUGUUCUGCGAAGUUAUCGAGUGCUCGGUGAAUGACAAAUUCUCCAGCAUAGUAAUACAGAGUAUUGUACUUUUCAACUGGGUCCAGCUGGCGCUCACGGUUUUCGGGCUUUUCAUGGUGUUCGAUCCGUUGGGGUCAGUGAACUACGACGACAUGCAAGACACGCCGAAUCAAGCUAGACACCACAGAAAGGUAACAGGCCUGUGGUCGAGAAGGUUCCGAUGGGCCUUUUGCUGGCUGAAGAGGGACGAGCACGGCAAAGAGGCGUUCCAACAAGUAGCAGCUCUGCUCAGCGCUCUGUUCAGGUCGACGGACCUUGUGCCGUCAGACGUCGUGGCUGGCUGCGUGCUCCUAAGGGUGCGUCAGAAGCGGGAGACGAGGGAAAUGCGCCGGAUACAGAUGUUGAACGACGAAGAGCCCAUAUACACCACGGACGUGAACAAAGUUUUCUCGGAGACGCCCCCUUGGAUGAACCUGGAGGACGCUCUGCACUACCUCAGGCUAUCAAUUGCGGCGUACGGUUGGCCCUACGUGCUUUAUCGCCACUGUUUUACCGGAUUUUGCAAACUCGCCAAACAUCUGACGUGUUGCUGCUGUCGGCCUAAAAACUCAAUCGUAACGGACGACAAUUGCUGCCUUUGCCACUUCGCCGGCGUCAAGUACAUGUCAAAGCUCUCGGCGGACGAUAUAAUCUUUGCCUCCUUCAAUAAUCGCGUCUUUGAACUUCCUUUCUGCGUUAUAGCGGACCAUGAUCGGGAGAGCAUUGUCGUAGCUGUGCGGGGGUCUAUAUCUUUGAGGGACAUUUUCACUGAUUUCACCGCCGGUUCGGAAAAGUUCGAGGCCGAUGGAUUGCCAGAGGAUACGGCAGCCCACAAGGGCAUGUCAAUGGGUGCCGCAAAAAUGUUAAGGCGUCUUAUGCCAGUUCUGGACCGCGCGUUCCAGCAAUUUCCACAUUACGACCUUGUGCUCACAGGUCAUAGUCUUGGAGCUGGUGUGGCGGUGUUGGUGGCGCUGAAAUUAAGACCGAGAUAUCCCCAUCUAAAAGUAUUUGCGUUCUCAACACCAGCGGGCUUAAUUAGUCGCGAGGCAGCACGGUUCACUGAGAGCUUCGUGCUCACUAUUGGGGUCGGUGAUGACCUGGUGAUGCGUCUUAGCGUGCACAGUAUAGAGAACCUGCGUACCAAAGUCAUACAGACCAUACACGCUACGAAACUGCCUAAGUAUCGGAUAAUGCUGAACGGUUUCGGCUACGCGCUGUUCGGCGUGCCGGCGCGGGACCUGGAGUCCACGUGGCGCCGCCCCGAGGAGCUGGAGGCGAACAACUCGGACGACUCCGACGCGCUGCUAGUGCAGGGCGUCUCCACCGAAGCCGCGCUAGUGUCAAGAAAUGUCUUCGCGAGGCGGUUUUCAACUGCGCGCCUUUUUACAGCUGGCCGAAUCCUGCACAUCGUGCGACGCAAACGCAUGGGAAUAGAAAAGAAUGAAGCUGACGAGGCAAGAAAAGUGCGUACACAGGAGCCGACGUAUGAAAUGAGGUGGGCCUGCCCCGAGGACUUUAUGGAGUUGCAAGUGAUGCCGCGUAUGCUACUCGACCAUCUACCGGAAAAUGUUCAUCGUACAAUGCAGACGAUCAUGGACGAGAAACACACGUAUCGAGUCACUCAAGUCGUG